UGUGCUGAAAUGUUUCCUUUUCGCGGGAAGGGGACCUCAUAGAGAAACAUUGGUAACAAUACGUUAUGUAUUACUCGUCAAACCCUAAACCUGGACGUGUUGGCGGAUUCCUGCACGCACCUAAACAGAGCAGUGAAGAUGUAGAAUUUCAACGGACUGACAGUCAUUACGAAGACAAAUCAGAAAGGUUUCUCCUGAAAGAUAAAAAUUUUGUUCGACAAUAUGCACACUUGUAUGCAGAGAGAUUAUGGAUAAUGAGAGGGAAACUGGAGAAGGCAGCUAGAAAUAAAUGGGGUAAAGAUGUAAAUAUCAAGAAGCUUCAUGAGCUUCAGAGUAAUGAGAAAUGUGUAAUUAUCGGAACAUUGUUCAAACACAUGGAGCUUCAACCCAGUAUUUUGAAGGAAAUCAGUGAAGAGCACAAUUUGAUGCCACAACCUGUAAGAACGCGAUUUGUGAAUGACACAGACAAACUUAUCCUUGAAGAUGAAUUACAAAGAAUUGUAUUACUGGGUAAAAUGGAUACUCCAACUUCUGUUACAGGGGCCAUUAUUGCGGUGUAUGGUAUAGAGCCAGAAGAUAACCUAGGAAAGUUCCAUGUUGAAGAUUAUUGCUUCCAAGUGCUUCCAGCUCAAGUCCCUCGACCUGCACUAGAACAGGACAAGUACAUUGCUUUGAUCUCUGGGAUAGAGGCCGGUGGGAGUGAAGAGAAGACAUUUCCGCUCCAGCUGUUUGUUGACUUGGUGACAGGGCAGGUUGGAGAUGCUGGACAACAGGAAGACUCUGCCAACAUAGUCCGGGUUAUUGUUGCUGGCAACUCGCUCAGUCGGGACACACAGGACAAGGACAAUAUCAAUAAGGCUAAAUAUCUCACCAAAAAGACAGUGGCUGGUAGUAUAAAUGCUGUCAAGGAUUUGGAUGACACUUUUACCCAGCUGACAUCAUGUGUAGAUGUUGAUGUAAUGUCAGGACAGUUUGACCCGUCCAACUACAUCCUUCCCCAGCAGCCCCUACACAAGUGUAUGUUCCCUCAGGCCUCCAGUUACACCACCUUCCAUACGACCACCAACCCCUACAACUGUAGUGUGGAUGGUGUUAGCAUAAUUGGUACUUCUGGUCAGCCAACACAUGACAUAAUUAAAUAUAGUACCAAUGAUGAUCCGGUGGAUAUUUUGGAAAAAUGUUUAAGUUGGGGACAUCUCGCUCCUACUGCUCCUGACACACUAGGCUGCUAUCCAUACUACGGAAAAGAUCCAUUCAUAUUAGAAGAAUGUCCUCAUAUUUAUUUUGCUGGCAACCAGUCAUCUUAUGGCUGCAAACUUCAUAAAGGUCCCACUGGUCAGGAGGUAUUGCUUGUCAGCGUCCCGAGGUUUUGCCAGACCAGCACGUGCGUUCUCAUAAACCUGAAAACCCUGGAGUGUCAGGCUGUAGAAUUUAACACAGACUUUCCUGAGCCAGCAAAGGAGAGUCCUGAUGUUGAUAAAUGAUGUUGGUAACAAGCAGGAAAACAGACCGUUGUCAUACAUACCUCACACAUUGUACUAUUCUGAUGUAGAUAAAUGAUGUUGGUAACAAGCAGGAAAACAGACCUUUGUCAUACAUACCUCACACAUUGUACUAUUCUGAUGUAGAUAAAUGAUGUUGGUAACAAGCAGGAAAACAGACCUUUGUCAUACAUACCUCACACAUUGUACUAUUCUGAUGUGAAUAUAAAAUGUCCAUAAUGCAAGCAAACAUCAGCCACCAUAAAGCUGGAGUCUAGUGCUGGGAUUUUGCAGUCGGGUCAGAUGAUGGAGGAAUUCACUUCUUAUGACCAAUCGUCACAACAUAUUGGUUCUGAGUGUGUUGUUUUGACUGUAUGAUGUGUACCAAACAUUACAAAGACCAAGACAGUGUGAGAAAUCUUAAAAUUCUGAGAUUUCUGUUUCAUGGUUUCCUUGCUGGUCUGUUGGACGAGAAAUAAUUGUGUGAAGGUCCUUUAGUACCUGUAUACAAGUACCAUGUGAAGUAUCUACUACAUAGAUGUAUUGAUGUACAACAUACAUGAUAUGUAUAACAUGCUGGCAGUGCUGUGAUUUUGCCAGUUACUUGCACCAAAAUGAAGAAAUGCAAUUAUUUAUGAAUAUUGUGCAUAUUCUUGUUUAGAGAUAAAAGUCAAAAUCAGAAGUA